AUGGAGGAUGCAGAGAUCAGGAAGCGCAGAGGCGUCUGCUCGACGGCGCUCCUUCUCAACUGGGUGGGCAGGACCGCUGAACAGGACCAAGAGGAGGAGGAGGAGAAGACGCUCGAGCUCAGCCUCGGGCUCCCCGGAGGAGGCCGCAGGAGGACGGCAUGCAGGGAGAAAGGCAAGCACCCCGCCGUCGACGGCUCUGUCGACCUCUCUCUUGGCUACUCCAAGGUUGUCCCCAACUCACAAGUUCAUACUUCUGGCUGGCUGGACCUGCGGGUAAGCAGGAAAGGACUUGAUGGACUUGUGUUGCAGUUGCCUGAUUGCUUUUCUUCUGACAAUUUGAACUUGUUUGGGAGCUUGAUGGCGCAUAGCAAGGCAAACGGGUCCCCAGAAGCAGUUACACGGAAUGCACUUGCUGCACCAAACAAUAAUAGCUCCCGGACAAGAUCUCCUGGUGCUCCUGUUGUUGGAUGGCCUCCUGUUCGCGCAUCCAGAAGAAACCUGGCUAGUUCUAGCAGAGCAGCCCUUGAACAACAAAAUGUGAAAAAGGCUGUGAAGGCUGAAGAGACCAAGAGAGCUCCAUUUGUGAAGGUUAACAUGGAUGGUAUCCCUAUUGGUAGGAAGAUUGACCUGAACGCGUUCAAUACCUACGAGAAGCUUUCUGUAGCUGUCGACAAAUUGUUCCGGCACCUUCUUGCAGCCCAAAGAGAUCCUCGCACAGAGGAGUGUCCUCCGGAAGAGGUGGCAAUAUCUGGUCUACUAGAUGGAACUGGGGAGUACACUCUGGUUUAUGAGGAUUAUGAAGGUGACAGAGUACUGGUUGGAGAUGUUCCAUGGGGAAUGUUCGUCUCAUCAGCGAAGAGGCUGCGAGUGCUGAAGACGUCUGACCUCUCUUCAUCUCUAAUCACUUCAAACCGGAAGAGAACAGCAGCUGAUUGUUGACCUUGUUUUAGAGUUGCUUGGACAGACACUAAGUGUGACGAGUGCUAUGAAGAAGAAUUGGAUCUUCUGAGCU